AUGCCGGACGAGACGGCGCAGCAGCGCACGGAGCGCCAGAACCGCCUCUCGCACGCCAUGGGCGUCAUGUUCCUCCAGGACAAGGUGGACAAGCUCGAACGCGAUGUGAGCAAGAUCACCUAUCCGCGCGCCAUGCGCCACUCCCACAGCGCUCCCACCGCCGAGCUCAACCCCACACAGCCAAGGUACCAUGCUGCCAAUCCACCACCCAAGCCAAGAGCCAUCACUGGGCCAGGUCUCCACCCCACCACAACAGCCACCCCAUCAACAUCGACGUCUGCAACAGCGACGGCAGCUACGUGCAUGCGGUUGGUGGAUGCGAGCGUGCUCAUCUUUUCGCUGCGCAGCGUGCACAACUGGACGCGCGACCGGGCUACGUGCGUCAUCAUCCCGCUCGAGGCCAUCAACACGCUCGACCUGCUCAAGAAGGGCGACGAGCCCAUCAACCUCGCGGCGCGCAAGGCGACGCGCUGGCUGGAGGAGAAGAUCGCCAUUGCGCCGCACGACGGCGACCAGCUGCUCACACAUCCCGCACCGGGCAUCUAUGCGCAGAAGGAGGCGUUCCGUGCAAGCACAGCGCAGAUCGACAAGAUCCGCGCACACGUCGUCGCCACCCGCCUCGGCGCAGCAGACCAAGCGCAGGCUGAAGCGAGGGAUGCGUUUGGGCUCGAGGGCGCACCGCGGUAUCUGCGCGAGCUGUUGGCUGCGUGUGUAUACUGCCAAACGGCGUGUGCGAGCGAGGUCGAGUUCAAGGUGGCUCUGGCGUAUCCACCUGCGCAUGUGCAGGAUAGCAUGAUGGCUGCACAUGCGGUAGGGGGUGACAGGCCGAGCUACUUGGUCAGGACGGACGGGCGCGCGACAGAGGCAUGGCUCGAUGCGUACAGUGUGCCGUUCGAGGUGGUGCCGACGUCCAAGACGUGGACGGGCGAAAAACAGUCAUCGCGCUUCCGAACGCAUGCACCUUCAUCGCACGAUGCUGACCUCCGCUCGGAGCCGAGCAAGAGCACGCGACCUGACGCCCGUCACUCCACCGCCAUGGCACGUGGGAGGGCGACGUCAAGCUCUCCACCACUGGACAACGGUCAUUUUGGCGGGAUUGACGCGCAGGAGGGUCCGAUCAUCGCACGGCCGUCGUCGCCCGCAUCGUCGGCUGCGUCGUUCCGCACCUCGUUCACCGCCUCGACCAGCUCGACGCACGACGAGCGCAGUCAGCGAUCCGCUGCCAGCGCAUCAUCCGUGCGCAUCGUGCGUCAUCCACCCGAUUCUUCCGCCGCCAACAACGACGCAGAACACGGCAGCAAGUGGUGCAGACUCACAAGUCGCACGCUGCACAAGACCCGCUCCGGCGCAGACAAGAUGGAAGACUACCUGCGUCGCCUCGAGGCCGGUGCAAGCGCGCCUGCGGAUAGACCGCGCACGACGCAGCACGAUCCUUAG